AUGGUCCAAGAGGAAUGGCUAGAGUUAGAAAGUGAUCCUGGCCUUUUUACCCUUCUUUUGGAGGAUUUUGGUGUAAAAGGCGUUCAGGUUGAAGAAAUUUAUGAUCUCUCCAAGCCCAUUACUGAACUCGUUUAUGGUUUUAUAUUUCUUUUUCGUUGGCAUGAAGAUUCGAAAAAGGUAUAUAUCUUUGUUCUGUUACCCUAA